CCAAGUCUCUGCUCGUGUGCGAAGGACGCGGGCAUAAGUGACAUGCGAUGGCCGACGACGAUGUGGUUUGCGUGAAACGGUGAUGUGGCGCCAGAGGGGAGCCCAGGGGGACACGCCCCAAGACCUCCCCCCUCCCGCCCUCACGCCCCUGCAGAUCGGGGCAGAAACCACUUGCCUCGGGGUGCCGCCGCCGACCUCGUCCUCCUCCUCACGCCCGAGGCUUCACUCCCGUAGCGGAGGGAGCGCUGGCGCCUCCUCCGGCCACGCCAGCUUCGGAGGAGGAGGGGGAGGGGGAGGAGGGGCGACUGCCAGUCACAACGGCAGCGGCGCCAUCGUCGCCAUGGCACCCGCGUCGCCUCCGUCGUGGGGCGCGCCCAACCUGCCCGGAGAACCUCUGGACGUUCGGUUAUUGGCUGGGGGCCCCAGUCAGCCUCCAGGGUCGCCUCUGACGGGGCAGGCCGAGGAUCCCGGCCCCCCUCUUUUGGGGGACGACACUCCCCACCAGCCCUGCCCCUGCACACACUGCGCAGUCCCUACGGGGGUCGGGGUUAACGAUAUGGGAGGACCCCCUCGACACAGAUCGCUCAGUCAGGUGACCUCGCUUGACCUGACUCAGCCUCACUCCCUCCCUCCAGGAGAACCUCCUGAUAGAGAGAGCGGGGAGAACGGUUUUCUAUCGCCGGGCAGCCUUCGCAACUCUUUGGCAGACGACGCCUGCUCGGAAAUCCUACGCGUCGAACAGAGAGAACAGGAGGACGCCCUUCGGAAACGAACAGCCUUAUCUAAACUCGUCUCUUCCCUACAGUUAAUCCGGACGUGGGCCACAGGCAGCCACCCGAAGGAGCCCGAGAGACCGGACAGCUUCCUAGAAAAAAUGGCAAUGGCCGGACAGUCGCGAGAAUCCGACGACACGCUGCACACCUGUUGCUGUGGCACCAUCAAAGGGGUCUUCGCCAUCGACACCACCAAACCUCUGCACUACAAGUGGUUGCUGGUGAUGACAAUAGCCCUACUCUACAACUGGAUAAUGAUCAUCGGGCGUGCUGUGUUUUGGGAGCUACAUAAUCUCUGCCCUCUUCUCUGGUUAUCUCUCGACUACAUCUGUGAUGGCAUUUACAUCAUCGAUAUGGUCAUACGAGCUCAUGAAGGUUACCUUGAGCAGGGGCUAAUGGUGAAAGAUCCCGUUAAGCUACGAAAGAACUACGUGAAAUCAUGGAAUUUUAGAGUAGAUGUCAUCUCCAUAUUGCCCACUGACCUCGUUUACCUAGCCACCGGCACCAGCUGCAAUGGACGUGUUCCCUGCCCCGUCCUUGUCAGGGUAAACAGAUUGUUUAGAAUCCAGCGAAUGGGGGAGUUCUUUAACAAAACAGAGACGCAUACCAACUUCCCCAACGCCUUCCGCAUCUGCAAGGUGGUGCUGUACAUCCUGGUGAUCAUCCACUGGAACGCCUGCUUCUAUUUCGCCAUCAGUUACGCCAUCGGGUUUGCUACUGACGGCUGGGUCUACAAGAAUAUCACUGAGGGGAGGAACGGUACAUUCUCCCACCAGUAUAUUUACAGCUUUUACUGGUCAACCCUCACGCUGACCACUAUAGGCGAAACGCCACAGCCUGAAAAAGAUGUAGAAUACCUGUUUGUAGUGGUGGACUUCUUGGUUGGUGUUUUGAUCUUUGCUACCAUCGUGGGUAAUGUUGGUUCUAUGAUCACUAACAUGAAUGCUGCUCGAGCAGAGUUUCAGAACCGAAUGGAUGGUGUAAAGCAGUACAUGGAAUUCAGGAAGGUUUCCAAAGACCUUGAAACCAGAGUUAUCAAAUGGUUUGAUUACCUUUGGAGUAAUAAACAGUCCUUAGAUGAGGAAGGAGUCUUACGCUUACUACCAGACAAGCUCAAGGCUGAAAUUGCUAUUCAUGUCCAUUUGGACACUUUAAAGCAAGUCAGGAUAUUUCAGGAUUGUGAACCCGGACUCCUUGUUGAACUAGUUUUGAAACUUAAACUCCAGGUUUUCAGUCCAGGAGAUUUUGUUUGCCGGAAAGGAGAUGUUGGAAAGGAAAUGUACAUUGUUAAAAGAGGCAACUUGUCUGUGGUUGCUGAUGAUGGCAAAACAGUAUAUGCUACUUUAGGCGCCGGUAGUGUCUUUGGCGAGGUUUCUAUCCUAAACAUUGCUGGAAACAAAACAGGAAAUAGACGAACAGCAAAUGUCAAAAGCGUUGGUUACGCCGAUCUCUUUUGCCUUUCCAAGGAUGACUUGUGGGAUGCCUUAACAGAGUACCCUGAAGCUAAAAAGUCACUCAUGGAAAGAGGUCGUCAGCUUUUAAUGAAAGAUGGGUUGCUUGAUGAGGAUGCUCUUAAAGUAGCUGAGGAACAGCAGGAAACUAUGACAGACAAAGUGGCUCGGUUAGAAACUUCCAUCGAUACACUAAACACACGCCUGGCAAGACUAUUAGCAGAAUACUCCAGUGCUCAACAGAAGCUUAAACAACGCUUAACUAGAGUUGAAAGGCGCCUUGAGUUUGACUCAGACUUAACUAAUCCAGCAUCUCCAAAGUUAAGCCCUUAUUUCCCACUUUCCCCCAGGACUGACAUGUCACCUUCCCCCUUCCCUCUGGGUGCGGCACCAAACCUUCGCCGAAGAGAAACCAUUUCUACUGUGCCAGGCCAUCUGCCACCGACUGAUGAAGACAAUGUCAUACAACCCUCUACACCCACAAAUCAAGUUUCAGCAAACCAUAAUGGACCUACACUUCCAACAUCCAGUGAGGAUACAGAGGAUGGUGUUGAUGCAUCACAUCCUACAGCUCAACCAUGCUCCACUCUUCCUUUGCCCACUCCUACCAUUAAUGUGCCUACAUCACCCUCACGUAGGGAUACCAUCUAACGCUUCUUUGUGAACAUUUUUAGUCACUUAAUCAGUCAGUAACACCAAAACACUGUAUGCUACCAGUUACUUGUACAGUAUACGAUAUACUGUAAUCGAAUUCAUUUUUAUCAUACUCAUUGCCAUUCAAUUUCUGGAUAACUAUUAAUUGUGCAUUUACCCAUAUUUACUCUAGCUGUUCUUACUCAUAAUUAACAAAGUAGUACUUAACUCUAUUCUCAAUAGUCUUUUUAGUCUCCGAGUAUGGUACCAUUUUAUAUAAAUAUAUACAAAAUAUCCAAUGACUUCCUGGUUAGAAAAAUCUUCCUAUAAAUUGAUAAUCUACUUUUUACGACGCCAUUUCAUGUGUGUGAAUUAUAAAGCCACUCGUGUAAAUUUCAUUGAGCUCAUUAACUAGAAAACAGUGCCAGGCCUCAGGCCUAAAUUUUACUUUCCAUCAAUUCAUUGAUUAGCAACUCAUGUAAAGACAUGAAAUGAUGUCAAAACAUAUAUAUUUAUAUGGAUUUUCUACCAACUUUUGCAGAAGUGUUAACAGAUUUUAAGUACGGUACAAUUGUGAUAAAGAUCAUCAUACAGUAUAGACCCAUAGCUACGGUGUUCUUUAAAGGAGAGAAAGUGAUGAAAAAUGUGAUGGAACUAUUCUAGCCAUUUGUAAAUUUGUCAUAGCACAUAUUCACAACGUUACCUCAUGUUAAUAGAUAGAAUAAUUUACAACAAUUAUUGUCGUAAUAUAUUGAGCAUACAUUUUUUUUUUUUUUUGCAAAAACAGGAAAAGCCUUUAAUGACUUCUAGAAUCUGUCUGGUACAGAAGAAAGGAGUUAGAUAUCAAUGUAACUACUAUUCAGGAACUGUAUUGUGUUUAUUGAAGUAUAAAGAUGAUUUCGUUACAUUGAAACACUGAACAACAUACUUCAUGCCAUAGUACAUUUUAGUUUUUCACAUAUCCUCGUUAGUAAUGUACGGUACAGUAUGAUGAUAAAAGAACAAAAUAUGUAUGGUGCAAUUCAAGGCCUAAGUUUUUACAAUAAAUUACUUUAAGAAUAAUUUUAGCAAGCUUACAUAGAAAAGAUUUUUCUCACUGACAAUAUUGACUGCAUUUAUCCAGUUGGUAAAAUCAUCUUCAAUUUUCACUUUAGUUGCUCUGCCUUCAAAAUAUCAGUCUCCAGAAGACCACUUAUAUUCACUAUUAAAUAAGUAUUUAUAAAUAUUAUAAUGAAGGAAUAAAGGUUUGAUGACAUUAGUUUCUUGGUCAGUCAUGUUUUCACACUGCCAAGUCAUUCAACUAUGACAAAAUUAAGUGUAAUAUGUUCGCUCAGUUUAUCAUUUGUUGAAGCCACAGUUAACUGAAAAUUCCCCCAUGUGAACUUCAAAAAUGUUAACCUUCAAUUUCAUUUAUAUACCUAAUAAUGCACUGUCUAUGUGACUGUUCAUUUUCGAUGUAGAAAGACAAGGUUAGCCAAUAUUUAUACUGUACUUUUUCAGGAAACCAACAAAGCAAUUGGGUUUGAGGAGUGUCUGUUGCAUGCUUCAAAGGCAUUCAUAAAGAUCUACAGUAAAGGAAGACUGAUUGGGGGGGAAGUAAAAAAAAAGAAAAAAAAAUCCUUGCUGGAGCCAUACAUGUACAAAUUUCUAAGUACAUACAGUGACGCUCAAAUCUGAUGCGACAUGAUUCUUUUUGUAUCGUCCAGAUUCUCAGACUCAACAUGACGUUGCCAAGUGGUGUUAAAACUUUUUUUAUUUCUGUCAUGCAUGUUGAAAGGUUUACGAAUUCACAGCUAGCACUAUUUCUCUUAUGGUUAUAUAAAUAAGAUCCCUUUUAUAUAUUGGUAUAAUUUGUAAUCUCUGUGAUUUGAACUGAUUUCUUUUCAUGUUACUUAGUUCAAAGUACGGUGUAAUAAGGUUAGCGGUGCCAUCAAUGACAGAGCACUUAAUAUGCUCCUCAGGCUGGUCAACAUAACUACCUGUGCAGCAUUAUAACAGUAGAUCUAAUAAGCUUAACAGUCAUAACAUUUUCAAAAUAGGAAUAUGAAUUACAAAAAGUUUUCUUUGAAUGAAGUUUUAGGUCGCCUGUAUAUUGCAAAAUGAUUUAUGGACCUAAAAAAAUAAUCUAAGCCUUCCGAGAUGUAAUCUAUUAGCCUACUAAUGAAUUUAUUUGUAGAUUACCUGUUCUUUGAGGAAUAAAUGAUGAUGAUGAUUUUGAUUAUAUGGAGAAGAUGGCUACUAAUCAAAAUAUCUAUUAGUAUUAAUAUCAAGGCAUAAGGAACACUUAUUUUUUAACUGGCUUAAAAUAUAAUUUUCUUAAAAGUCCUUCUGCUCGCUUUGGUGUAUAAUUUAUUCUUGUAUGAGGUAACAUGAAGGGCAAGAAUGUGUAGAUAACCUCAUUUGCUUUCUGGCCCAAAAUUGUUAAUAUAGAGUGAAUGCAAAGUGUAAAGUAAAGAAAUCUAAACACACCUAGGCCAAUGAACAAAAUCUUGGCUUUGACAAAAGAAUAAUUGCAUAGGUGAAUAUUUGCUAGUAAGCCACCAUUUUUUAAGUGGUUAAGAAAUAAAUCAUAAACAACUUUAUUUGUAUGAAAAUCCAAAUAUUCCUCUAACAAAUAUAAAGUACAUAAAGGUUUUCAAAUUAAUUUCAUUGUAGACCUAUGUAGUUACACCAGGUGGCUUUUGUUGCACCGCCACUCUAAUGGUUGCAUCAAACACGCUCUACUCACACCUUGAUAUCAGUGGGCACAUUCUACUUUUGUAUUUACAUUUUUUCAAUGUUGAGACAUAAAAACAAUCAAUUAGGACCAUUUCAAAUUUUAUGGUUGCUUUGGAAGCAAUAUUAAUGUUAUGACAUUUUUCUUCAUUUUUUAUUUAACAAUCAAACUGAGCUUUGAUGAUGACUUACUUUUGGUCAAAUGCAUCAGCAAUGAGUGAAGCAAAGUAAAGUUUAGAAAAUGUUUUGUAAGUGUUUAUUCUGAAAUUUGGCUACACAUUUUCUUACAGUUUUGAAAUAUAAGACAGAUUUCACACUUAUGGAACAUAUUUGACCUUAUUUUAUGCAACAAUCGUGUUUUUGCAUUGAUAUAAUAGGUAUACAUGGAGCAUGUUAGGUUGCCAGUUUGUGAAUUUAGAAUGAAAUCCUAUGCAAUCAUGUAGCAUCAGUUCUGUGCAUAGCUGUAUAUAUACAAAUUUCUAAGUAAGAUGAAGAUGCUUUGUCAACAGGAUUAGUAGUAGUAAAGACCUUUAAUGUGAAUGCCAGUGAUUUUUUUCUAUUGAAUCUUGUGCAUCUAGAACUACUCUUACUUCUACUGAUGCUUUUUAUUUACUUUUUUAAUGCCAACAAUUUCAGUUAUCGGCAUUUCUCAUGUUAGGAAACAAAACAGACAGUGAUGUAAUCCUGUGGUAGUUCAAAAACUUGAGUAAUCAUGAUGUAAUAGAUUUGGACUUUUUGGUGGUGGUAAUGGUACAAGACUGCUAAAAUCUUCACCUUAUAAAUUUUUAGUUGAGUAUAUGUGACUGCUAACAUAUACACUUUCAGUUUCUCUAAUAGUAAACUGCUUGCAUAAGGUAAAAGUCUGAAGGAUAAAUCUUGAGACAUUUAUCUUUUGGGUAAUUACAGAUUCCUGCAUAACUUAAAAUAUUCACAUGACUGAAUAUGUAAGUAUGCUUCUGCAUAGUUGAAUGGCGAUUAUUUUUACUCGUCAGUAAGAGGCAUAACUUUGUUUUGGGAUAUGCCCUGUUUAACCAAGUUCUCAGUGUCGACCUGUUGGGUAUCUUGGCCAUUUCCUGAAUUUGAAGACUCUCCAAGCACAUAAAAAAGGAAUUUUUACUUUUCACCGCUACUAAUCCUUGAUAUUCAAUCGGUGGUGUACCAGAGUGUCAUCUUCAUCCAAAUAUUGUAACUUUAGGUUUUCCUUUUAACAUGUGUCAGAAGCCAGCAUUGCUUAUGUGCCCCUAACUAGUUAAUAUAGUCCAUACCAGCAUUACCUUUGUGUACUUCUCGUUUUUUUUUUUUUUAAUCAUUGAUCUAUUCCAAAGCAAACCAGAAGUCACAUCUUCCCUUUGCAACUAGAUCUUAUACUAUAUGGAAGCAAGUAGCAAAUACAUCUGCAAGAUAUAAAAGGCAAAACUGAAGACAGAGCCUGGGUGAAGAACAAUGACCAAAUCACCUCAAAGAUGGAAGCCAUAGAGAAAUCUAUAGUGGUGUGGUGCAGCAUGAACCAAAAUCUGGGAAACAAAGACAGCCACAAACCCCCGUCAGCCCAGCAGUAAGAAGGAGUAUUCAAGGAAGUUCAUAUCCUGGAUGACCCUCAGAAGUACAUAAAUAGGAAGGACUUAACCAGAACAACAUCUGUUGUUAUAACUGACUAAUAACUUUACCAAACGAGACACGUGUGAAGAAAUGAAUACCUAACAUGAAAAUAGCAUUUUUUCCACACAAAGAAGCACAAUAGUUUCAGAUGAUGCAUGAGAAGUUACAAGGAUGAAACACACUGGAGUUCACAGAGAUGAGCAGGAACUUAGGCAUGGGGGAAUAAUCUAGGCUUGAGGUUUUUUCAGUCAAGAGAGAAUUAAAUUUACCCUUGACUGUCUGUGAUCAGUAUCAUUGUAAUAAAGUCUUUCACAAGUGUUGAUUUGUUUUGGAGCAAAUGUUUACUUCACAAAUACUAUAGUUAAGUAGCAGUGUUUAUAGUAUGAUUUAUGCCCUCUCUUUUUGAGAGAAUAGUGACCAGAUGUAUGAGCAUGUGAUAUGAUGAAAAUUAUACUAAUGGAAACAAGUUUAUGACCUGGGCAGAUGAAGGGGUCUUAAAUUGUUACUCGACAUAAAGCCAACUUAAUCAGCAAUGAUCAACCCUAUGUGAAAAAGUAUACCAUCUCUUGUUUCAGUUAAAAGCUGAAAUAUCCCUCCCCAAGUCUGAGAAAGAGAUUCUUACUAUUAAUGGGUGGAUGGAGAACAGUUUUGCAAACUCAUACCUUGUUAAAAUUUGAGGGAAUUCAGGCCUUGGCCUUGUCUAUAUGUUAGUAACACUACUGCUCACUAAAACUAAUACACUUAGAUCAGGCCCUGACAAAAAUCCGCCAAGACCUAAUACAAGAAAAAUCUAUAUUGAAACCUAAACACAAUGAUGUAACCAGCCUGUAGAAAGAAUUUCUAACCAGUGUGCAUACUGAAUUGAGGCUGAACUUUCAGACAUGCAUUAUGUGGUCAGCAUGUCUUGAGGGAAACCUAAGCCUUUGCUGUAUGACCAUCCCUAUAUUCUCCACAUACAUACCUUAAAGAUACCAGUUCUUAAGAAAACAAUACAAGAUAUGUCAACAGAAAAUUGUGAAGAGAUCCAUAUAAAAUGGGUCAUCAGUGAAAAUACUGUACUCUUGUCCUGGUAUUCAUCAUACUACAGCAUUUUCUUCUCUGACCCAUGUCAAAACACACGAACAUGAUGAAAUCUUAACACACAUACACAAGGCUGAAUUAUGCAAACCAAAUGGUCUAGAUUAUCAUCUCGGUCAGUGUUGACAUUAGAAUAACUACACUAUUUCUGAAUAUAGAAGACUAAGUUUUGCCUCUUAACCUGAGUUAUGAGUACUCAUUUUAAACUUAAAAGAUUAAUUUGAUUACCAUAGCAAUGAAUACCAUCCCCCCCUCAAGAAAGCAAUUUGUUACACAAAGUUUUACUACAGGCAGACAAAACUAAAAAAUGCAUUUUUGUAUUCUAUGUAUAAUAUACAAACUUACCUCAAAAUGGAUGUCUUUCCAUAAUUAAGGACAAAGUUCAGAAACUUGACUGAGAAGGAUUUUGAACACUGUCAUUAACAACCAAAAAGAAUUAGUGAGUGAAAUAGUUCAUGUGAAAUAUGAUGGUUUGGCACACUGCUCUACUACACAGAAGAGACAUUGAAGUCAUACCAUAUCUGACUUGUAAAGAAGUUACAAAAUUUACAAAAUUCAGAGUAAAUUAGAUUCACAGAUUGCUUAUUGACAAAUGGGCACAAAACUCAAGUAUAUUGGAAAUUAUUCCUGACUGUAUAAACUUUGUUCAUACACGGAACAAACCUUCGGUCUUUAAGUUUUGUUUUUUUAUAUUUGUACCCACCAUAUUUCUACCAGUACAUCAAGAAAAGUUGUUUAAAAAUGCAUUUGUAAAAGAACGUAAAUCCAAAACCUAUAACCUGUAAUUUAACAUUCAAGAUUAUCACUGGUUUCAAAACAUUUUCAGGACCAUCACUUACCAAAUAUUAUUCAGUGUUUGGAGAGGACUAAUUUCUUUUAUUUGCAAACUGUACUCUUACCUAUUUAUAAGUUGUGUGUGUUGUGCAAGAGUAUACAUUACAGUCUCCCCUCCUAUUACAAUUUGGAUAUCAUUUCUAAAUCACACUUUUCUGACACUUGUUCAUUAUAUUCAGUGCAUUCUGAACUACUUCAGUCCACAAAACUUGGCAUGGAAAUAAUAGUUUAAAGGUUAUUCCCGCACUGGGAAAUAUCGCACAAAACAUCGGUAAUUAGCCGACACUGUACUUCUACAACUGAUAUUCCUUUUAAAUACUUUAUUACCUUUCGUGUUUAUUACCAAAGUCCACCUGUUACUUUAUGUUUUGUAAAAAAAUGCAAUAUUCAUUAUAUGAUUUCAUAACGGUAAGAAAAAAUUGCUUAUUUCUCUAAUUAUCUUUUUAACUACAUAAAACACUUCUUUUAGUUUGUGAGGUUUUGUAUGACUAAACUUCAGUUACUGCUCUUAAAUUCCUUUGUCAAUGUUUAAGGUGGUUAAGCAAUUUUAACUGACAAAUCUGUUGCCAAACUGUGUUGUCAAUCAGGUUUAUGACUUGGUAUAAUAAUGAAAAUUAUUAAAUCAUUAUUUUUAUACAUAUUUUAAGUACAGAUUAUGAUUAUUAGAGUAAGGGAAAUUAGAUGGAGGUUUAUUUUGACAGCUGACAUGUCUAUAUAAUUGGUAUUACAGUACGUAUAUUGGAUCCACAUGAAAUAAGGAUGUUUUAGUACAUCAUAAAUUGCCUUUAAAGUAUGGGUACACAAGAGGUUGGAUCAACUUAAAGAAUAUGGCAUUUCCUAUAAUAUAGAUAUAUAAAACUUAUGUACAUAUAUAUAAAUAAAUAUAUAUUAUGUAUCCUAAACUUCCCUCGAGCCUUCAUAAGUACGAUUAGAUGUACUGUACGUGCAAGUUAUAAAUAAAUGUUGAGAAAAUGUUAAACUAUAUAUUUUGCACUGUGUACUUCAAGCCUUGUAUAUAGUAUCAUACAGUAUACCCUUUACACAAUAUUGGUACAAUCAUAAUAUCACUGAAUUCAGAUGACAUACGAACACCAGGUAAUGAAUACUGUGCAAUCUCAGUUGUAAUCAAGCCUGUAAGUCUUGUUAUUAGUAUUAAGAAUUUAAUGGAAAAUUUUCAAUCGUGACCAUUUACAGAAUUUUUGCAAGUAUUCUCUCUUAUAUGCUAUGUUAUCAUCAAAACUGUGCAGUGCUGUCAAAAGUUAUCCUACUUUCUCUGUACGCAAUUUUUUUAUAUAUAUUUUUAUGCAAUCUGUUUAAAUUUAAGUUACACAUAAAAUUAUGAAGAAUUUAAUACAGCAAACUUCACAUCAUGGAAGCUUAUACCCUGUUACAUGUUGAAUGAAAUUGUGAUACUGAAAUUUAUGCAUUAAAACUGAUAUAAGAUCAACUCUACAUCUGAUAUAUAAAACACUCAAGACUCCGUCCGUAUUAAAUAUGAAAGAUUAAAAUUGUUUGAAU